AUGCCUCUCAAACUUCUCACCCCUCCAGCCUUCAUUGAGCUUUUAGCCCGCGAAACCAGUCGCCGAGUCAUCCCUGUGGAUGCGUCCUGGUACAUGCCCCAUACCCGCAGGGACGCACACAACGAGUUUUUGACCAUAGAAAGACUGAAUAACGCGGUGUUCUUCGAUAUCGAUGUCGUCAAAGACCCGGCUUCGCCUUACCCACACAUGUUACCAGACCUCCCAACUUUCAACUCCAGCAUGCGAUCUCUGGGCAUUCGUGAGUCUGACGUGUUGGUGGUGUACGAUCGUGCAGGGAAUUUCUCUGCUCCUCGAGCCGCUUGGACUUUUGCGCUCUUUGGACACCCUCAGGUCUACUUACUCAACAGCUUCCCCAAAUAUAAGCAACUAGGAUUGCCUCUAGACACUGCCAAACGGACCACUGUGUCGUCAUUGCCACAGCCAUCGGACUACGACUCUCAUAUUGACAACCGGGCCAAAGAAGUGGUAGUGUUCGAAGAAUUAUUGCCAUUGGUGGAAUCGAACACGCUGAGAGAUCGCUACAACCUUGUUGACGCUCGCAGUUGGGACCGUUUCACGGGCAAAGCCCCAGAACCUCGUCCUGGACUACCCAGCGGACAUAUUGCCGGUUCCCAAUCAUUGCCCUUUCCCUCCACGCUCGCAGAAUUCGGAUGUUUCGAUGAAGACUCCGAAACUGUGCACAACCGUAUCACUGCAGCUUUGGCCACACAUCAAGGUUCUUUAGAUCCCGCAAAGCCCACUAUAGCUAUGUGUGGAACCGGUGUAUCCGGUGUAAUCAUCAAGACUGCGCUCGAACUCGCCGGUGUGCCCAACGUCCGGCUUUACGAUGGCAGUUGGACCGAGUGGGUCCUGCGUGGGGGGGAAGUCAAAGUGAACAAUUAG